UUCUGGCGGGGCCGCCUGCUCGCUGGGUGACCUUGGCCGUUGCGUAACCUCUCUGGACCCUUCCAACAGCACCGCCCCGCACCACCGAGGCCUCCGCGGGGCUCUGGCGGGUCUGGGCCGCCUUAACUCAUAUCCCCGAGCCGGAUUAUCUCACGCGCUCCAGACGACGCCCUCGCCGGGCCCUGAGCCGCCCACACUGCCACGCGCCCGCCGUAAAAAGCAUCGCGCGGGGACGGGAGGCCGGUGCGCGCCGGAGUGGGCGCUCCUCGGGCUCUGCGCGGCCGCUGGGAGCCGGGGAGGCUCGAGACCCACGACCGGCCCCAGCGCAGCCAGCGGGACCAGGACCCACGCCGACCCCGAGCCUGUCCACGCCUGUUGGCCGGGACUCAGCUUCUCCGCACACCAUGGUCCUGUCGGCAGAGACCACGUCCCAGCAGGAGCGGCUGCAGGCCAUCGCAGAGAAGCGGAAGCGGCAGGCGGAGAUUGAGAACAAGCGUCGGCAGCUAGAGGACGAACGCAGGCAGCUGCAGCACCUGAAGUCCAAGGCACUGCGGGAGCGCUGGCUGCUGGAGGGGACUCCAUCCUCGGCCUCGGAGGGGGACGAGGACCUGAGGAGGCAGAUGCAGGAAGACGAGCAGAAGACACGGCUGCUGGAGGACUCAGUGUCCAGGCUGGAGAAGGAAAUCGAGGUCCUGGAGCAUGGAGACUCCACCCCAGCGUCUGCCAAGGAGAACGCAGCAGCUCCGAGCCCAGCCAAGGAGGAGCGCAAGACAGAGGUGGUGAUGAACUCACAGCAGACCCCAGCGGGCACACCCAAAGAGAAGCGUGUCUCCAACACGCCCGUGAGGACCGUCAAUGGAUCCCCCAUGAUGAAGGCAGCCAUGUACUCGGUUGAGAUCACUGUGGAGAAGGACAAGGUGACUGGGGAGACCCGGGUGCUGUCCAGCACCACGCUGCUCCCACGGCAGCCGCUCCCUCAGGGCAUCAAGGUCUACGAAGACGAGACCAAAGUGGUCCAUGCUGUGGACGGCACCGCCGAGAAUGGAAUCCACCCGCUGAGCUCCUCUGAGGUGGACGAACUCAUCCACAAAGCGGACGAGGUCACGCUGAGCGAGGCGGGGUCCAUGGCAGGGGCCGCAGAGACCCGGGGGGCCGUGGAGGAGGUGGUCCGGACCACACCCUCCCGCCGUGAGAUCACCGGCGUGCAGGCACAGCCAGGGGAGGCCACGUCGGGCCCGCCGGGGAUCCAGCCGGGCCAGGAGCCCCCGGUCACCAUGAUCUUCAUGGGUUACCAGAACGUGGAGGACGAGGCAGAGACCAAGAAGGUGCUGGGCCUUCAAGACACCAUCACGGCGGAGCUGGUGGUCAUCGAAGACGCCGCGGAGCCCAAGGAGCCCGCCCCGCCCAACGGCAGUGCCGCCGAGCCUCCCACAGAGGCUGGCACCAGGGAGGAGAACCAGGCGGGGCCCAAGGCCACCACCAGCGACCCCCAGGACCUCGACAUGAAGAAACAGCGCUGUAAAUGCUGCUCCAUCAUGUGAGCCGGCCCGGCCCCUGAGACCCCGGCCCCCACCCCCACCACAGACACCCACCAGCCCGGCCCCUCCCGGCGCCUGCCCACCCUCCACCCACAGUCCAGGACCUGGAGAGUUGUUCCAUGUUCCUUCCGAGUUUUCUUUCACUGGAAAGAGGGACAGGGGCCCCCACCUGUCACCACGCCCCAACACUCCCCCCGAACCAGAGCCGUGCACCUGCGUCUGGUAGGAGAGGACAGGGCAGACCCGCUUUUCCCGAAAAGAGGCCCCCCCACGUCACGGCAGCUUCGCAGACGCGGCUCGCGCCCACCGAGGUCCUGGCUGGUGGAACCCGUGGCCUCCACGUGGCCUAGGCCAGCCUGCCACUCUCUGGGCCUCCCUCCUGUGCCUUUCUCUGAGGGGACAACCCGCCAGAGAGGGCCCCGGGAGCUGGGGGGCACUGGGGCCUGCUCAGGCCCCAGAAGGGGCUCCAUGGGGUUUCCCAGCAAAGGCGCUGGCCCCCCAAUCUCAGGCAGUUGGGGUGAGGCCGUGCCUCUUUUGGGGCUCAAGGUCUUGGGUGGAGGAAGAGCCCCUCUGGCACCCCCAGCCUGUUGUGCCCCCCCAUGCCCUCUAUGGGCCCAACCAGUGGACAGUGGAGUCUGGGGGAGGGGUAACCCUGGGGUCAUCCCCCCACUCGGGAGGGGCCUGUAACCCCCGGGCUGUCUUCUAGAUGGGGUGAACCAGGGGUCAUCGAUGUGCCCCCUGCACAGGGCAGGGACCGAGUGAGCCACUCCUUGCCCUGAGCUCCCACCCCCACUGGGCCCUCCUUCCUCCUGGUGCUAAUUUGGGGACCCUAGGGGCCGCCCCCGGCCUCUACUCCAACCUGCUUGGACCAGGGUCCUGGGUCUUCCCAACCAAAUCCCAGAGAUCAGGCCCCAUCUGCCAGCUCUACUGGGCUUGGAGCAUGUCCGGGCAGUGGAGGGAGGGACAUGGCCUGGGACAGGAAGUCUCCUCUUGGGUUGGAGCAGGAGACCCUCAUUUGCCACCCAGACCAAUGUGAGCCUGCCCCCAGUCCCCUCUCACUGGAAUUGGCAAGGGGCUUCCCUCCUGGGGGCAGCCACACUCGUCCCCAGAGGCUCAUUCGUGCACAUUCUCACAGACACCUUCUCACGCGUUGGCUUCGGACAACCAGGCUCCAGCCUGGUGCCCGCGCUCAGGCCACCUCUUGGUCCAGUCACCACCUGCAGCCUCAGCAGGGCAGGUACGGGGCCACCUCGGAGGCGAGCCUGGGUCCCUGCCUCCGCUCUGCCCCUGGGUGGCCGGGAGGAGAGGCCCUCUCAGGGGUGACCUGGGCGUCAGCCGCGGAACCCCCUCCUCCUCCCUCGAGUCCGCCCGAGUCCCUCGAGCCGCGAGCCUUCGCUGAAGUGCCCUUGCUGCCCCUCCGCUUUUGGUGUGUGACGAGGCCCCCGAUGUUCUUGAUUUUCCCAGAGAAGCGAAUAAACAGCGUGAACAGCCCCA